UUUCUCGCACUGUCUUGAUUCAUAUCUCUGUCUCUCUCGCUCUAUUUCACGUCACUCUCUCUCUCUCUACAAAGAUCGCAUAACCAUUUGAAGUUUAAAACCCUAUCUCUCUACAUUUCUCUGCAUGUAGAGCAUAAGUCUCUGCUUUCCUUCAACACUGCAUCUCAGAUAUUUAUUCAACUCGCUUGCUUCCUUUUGAAAGCAAAAACACUUCUUAGUUUGUGUUUAGCUUGAUUUUGAUCUUCGAAAUCGAGAUCCAAGUGAAUCACGUCACCGUUGCAGAGUUCAAAUUCCACACGCUACGUUUCGAAAUCUGAGACAACAAGUUUUGAAGGCAAUUGAGGUUGGUCUUCGUCUGGUGGGAAGUGAAGUUUGGGUGAUUUUCAUCUGAUUGGUGUUUUGUUGUGAUCAAUUGAGUUGGCUAAGAUGGGGUUCAUGUUGGGGCCUCUGUUGGCGAACAUGGGCGAACGACUAUCUUCGUCCGAUCACGCUUCGGUGGUCUCAAUGAAUUUGUUUGUUGCUCUUCUUUGUGCGUGUAUUGUGAUCGGUCAUCUGUUGGAGGAGAACCGUUGGAUGAAUGAAUCCAUCACAGCCCUUGCAAUCGGUCUGUGCACUGGAAUUAUUAUUCUACUAACUACUGGAGGAAAAAGCUCACAUCUUUUGGUUUUCAGUGAAGAUCUUUUCUUCAUAUAUCUUCUUCCACCUAUAAUUUUUAAUGCUGGGUUCCAGGUAAAAAAGAAACAAUUUUUUCGCAACUUCAUGACUAUCAUGCUGUUUGGUGCAGUUGGUACUCUGAUAUCCUUUGGCAUCAUCUCACUAGGUGCUAUAAAAAUUUUCAAGAAAAUGAACAUCGGAUCACUUGAUAUAGGAGAUUUUCUUGCAAUUGGAACAAUCUUUUCUGCAACAGAUUCGGUUUGCACCCUGCAGGUGCUUAAUCAGGAUGAAACGCCUUUAUUAUACAGUCUAGUUUUUGGGGAAGGUGUCGUAAAUGAUGCAACAUCAGUGGUGCUUUUUAAUGCAAUCCAGAGCUUUGACCUAAAUCAUAUAAACACGAGCAUAGCUUUUCAGUUUGCCGGCAAUUUCUUAUAUCUAUUUAUCAUGAGCACUGUUCUCGGAGUUGCGGCUGGAUUGCUAAGUGCAUUUAUCAUUAAAAAGCUCUAUUUUGGGAGGCACUCAACUGAUAGAGAGGUUGCUCUUAUGAUUCUCAUGGCAUACCUUUCAUAUAUGUUGUCUGAAUUAUUUUACUUGAGUGCCAUUCUCACCGUCUUCUUUUGUGGGAUUGUGAUGUCCCACUAUACCUGGCAUAAUGUCACUGAAAGUUCAAGAAUCACUACCAAGCAUGCUUUUGCGACAUUGUCCUUCGUUGCUGAGAUAUUUAUCUUUCUUUAUGUUGGUAUGGACGCCCUGGACAUUGAAAAAUGGAGAUAUGUAAGCGACAGCCCUGGAACAUCAGUUGGGGUGAGCUCAAUACUAUUGGCACUGAUUCUGGUUGGAAGAGCAGCCUUUGUUUUCCCUUUAUCAUUCUUAUCAAAUCUGACUAAGAAGUCUCCAUCUGAUAAAAUUGAGUUAAAGCAGCAAGUUACAAUUUGGUGGGCUGGUCUUAUGCGAGGUGCAGUUUCUAUGGCCCUUGCUUAUAAUCAGUUUACAAGGAAAGGCCAUACUCAGUUACGGGAGAAUGCAAUCAUGAUCACCAGUACCAUAACAGUUAUUCUUUUCAGCACAGUGGUGUUUGGGUUGAUGACUAAACCUCUGGUGAGACUCUUGCUGCCUUCACCGAAGCAGUUAAACAGAUCGGUGUCCUCUGAGCCGACCACUCCUAAAUCCUUCAUCGUGCCACUUCUUACCAACGGGCAGGAUUCAGAAGCUGACCUAGCUGUCUACGUGCCCCGUCCAACCAGUUUACGAAUGCUCCUAUCCACUCCAUCUCACACUGUCCACCACUAUUGGCGAAAAUUUGACAAUGCCUUCAUGCGUCCCGUCUUUGGUGGGCGGGGUUUCGUGCCCUUUAUUCCUGGUUCACCAACCGAACAAAGUGUUCGUCAAUGGCACUGAGGAGGGAGCUAAGAAGAGGCACACAACACCAAUACAUAUAUCAUCAGGUUUUGGUUUGAGGUUUGCUAAUUUUGUUGAUAUUUAUUGUGUGUUCCAUUGUUGGGUGUUUUGAGGGUUUUAAUUUAUAAAAUAGGUUGCUUAUGAAUUUAUAUGUUGCCAAUUCAAUUUCCUCAAGGGUCAGUAAUUGACCCAAAGAGUUUAUACACGGGUCCAUCAUCCACGAGACUCUCUGACUCACCUUUGCCCCCAACAGUAUCCAAAAGCCUCUCUAUCUUUCUGUAAGACACUUUUUUGGUGUAUUCCAACUUGUGUAUAUUUGUGUUACCUAUAGGCUAUAGUCUGAUGAAAUUGAGUGCCAUGGUGAGCUUUUUUCUUUUUGGUAUGUAAAGUUUAUGAGACGAUGAUUAUUGUUGUAAGCUGUUUUUAUGAGUCAAUAAGAUGGCUUUUAGUAGGAGUGUAUUAAUGUC